UGUUUGGUUCACAUCACAGGUUGAUAAAGUGCGCACUCUUCUCCAACUACUGCGACCAUCGUCACCAUCUUGAAACUUGAACAAACUUCCCUACUACAUGUACAUGUAGGCAGCACUCCUACAGAAUUACACCCUGGCAGCGAUAAAUCCGUGUCCAAACAAGUGAGCGGCAUGCAUACAAAAUAUCCCACAGACCUCAAGUUCGAUGAGCUCCCUGACCCUAAAAGGGUGUGGGCGGGUGCGCCGGGAAGCCGGGAGGAGGGCCUCGGUCGGCUUCUCCUACUGACAGACGAGCGCAUCCGACGGGCGGCUCAACAGAUCCAGACUGGACAGCGCGUGGGACUCAACUGGGACCUGACGAAGCUGGAGCAUCCCGGAUACGGCAGAAUCUCAUGCGAUCACCAAGUUGUGCCCAUCUUGGACGGUGACGCUUUCGACGACGUCUACACAAUGAACCCCCAGCAAAGCAGUCAGUGGGAUGGCCUCCGCCACUGGGGCAUGCUGUCGCAUCCAGAUGCCAAGCAGCGAGAGUUCUAUGGCGGAACGACCAAGACGGAGAUCAUGGAUCGAUCCAGCGACCGCAUUGGCAUACACCACUGGGCGCGAGAGGGCAUCACCGGUCGUGCGGUGCUCAUAGACUACGCCUCGUGGGCGGAGAAGAAGGGCAUUGAGUACUCUGCCUUCUCCCUCCACACCAUCAAGCUACAGGACAUUAUUACGAUUGCCGAGGAGUCCCAGAUUUUAUUUGAGAAGGGCGACAUCCUGCUCGUCCGAAGCGGCAUGACCAAGGAGUGGGAGCAGAAGAUGGACGUCGAGGCCAAGAAGAGGUACGCGGCCGCGGAAUCUCCCCAUCACGCUGGCCUCGAGGCGACCACCGACAUGCUGAGGUGGAUCUGGGACACGGGGUUUGCCGCCGUCGCUGGCGAUGCCAUCUCGUUCGAAGUGUUCCCUCCCGUUGGGGACAUUACCCUUCACGACUACUUCCUUGCCGGAUGGGGCAUGCCGAUUGGCGAGAUGUUUGACCUGGAAAGGCUGGCGCAGGUCUGCCAGCAGCUGAACCGGUGGACUUUCUUUUUCGCAUCCAUGCCGAUCAACAUGCCCGGUGGCGUGUCGUCGCCGCCCAACGCUCAGGCCAUCUUUUGAGUGUAGCAUUAGCUGGUGCGAGACGACUGCAGAAGCAAUGAAUGGAAUGCCCUUCUCAGGUGCAUUUGGCUGUGAAACUAGGCAGGAAUAGCUUAAGAAGUAUACGAAUCAGACGUCGUAUUGAUGAC